AUGACCACCGUGGGCGCGACCCCCAAUUCUCCCCCCGAGCUCUCCGGGUCGAAAUCCUCGAAAUCCUCCUCCUUCCACUCCUCCCACCUAGACGGCCCAGACAGUGCUUUCACGGACAUCUCGAACUUUGAAGAAAUCGGCUUGGAGGAUGAUGCCGACCUGUCUUAUAUGGAAUCCGUCGGCUCGUAUGGCCGUGCUGGAGCUAUGGCCCGGUCGCCUGCUGCUCGAAUGUCGAGCAAAGGCCCCACGACCUCAACACGCGAUUUGACCGCUACUCCGAAACCUCGAAAGCGAAGUCCUUUACCUCCGUUGAGCGGGGCGAAGCCUCCAAAAUCAUCGGGCUCUCUUAUGGCAAAAUCUGGAAACCGCAGAGACUCAGGCAGCACGCUGCAAUCCCCCGGAUUGGCACCCUCCCAACCUCGCCGAUCGCGGUCCGUGUCACCACUCCGCCCAACUUCCAGUCGCUCCGCCUCGAGCACUAGUUUGGCUUUGUCUCCGCUCUCUGCGCGAGUGCCUGUUAACAAACAAACCUGGCAGCCCAACCGGAAAUCGCUGAAAGAAUUAGAGGAAGAAUACCACGACUCGGACGACGAAUUGCCAGAAGAUGCGAGCUUGUGGAACAUUCCCAUUUCGCCGCGCCCAGCACAAGAACGAGCGCCCUCUCGACCAGAAAGCCCCAAUGGUCGCAGUCCUGGCCGUCGCCCGCUGCCUUUCCAGCAUGCUAUAUCCGAUGAACAUGCGUCCAAAUCGCCCGAAAACACUGCGAAAGCAUCCCGCAUGAAGCGGAUAAACCGAUCGAGCUCCGCAGGACCGGAGCGUGGUCAAAUAUCGCCACGCAACCCCCGCACCUAUUCGUAUAAUAGUUAUCUGACAGAUCUGUCCGAAGAAGCGAAGAUCAUCACCGAAGCUCUGGAGCUGCACGCUGAUGAUAGAGACCGCAAGCAUGAGGAAAACGUACAGACGGGUGCCACACGGAAGUCCAGCGAGGACUCACAUCGCGCAUCCCGUGAGGCUACUGCUUUGCCGCCUGUGCAAAGAUCUAAUAUCAUGAUCGAUCCAUUGCCGAUCAGCAAAGAGAAAGAGAAGGUGCUUACGCGGACCCGCCCUAGCUGGCUUCCGCCCAAAGACCAAAAGGAGGAAAAGAAGCAUUUGAAGCAAUAUCAGGAAAUGAUGGCCCUGUCUCGGGAGUCCGAAAAACGAAAGGCUGCCAAGGAAGCGUCUGCACAGUGCGAUAAGGAUAACACUCGGUCAACAUUACAAAACAUUUGGGAUGAAUAUGUGUGCCCACACUGGGACCGCGCCCUCCGCGAGCCUCGAAUUCGCGAGCUUUGGUGGCGUGGAAUUCCGCCUCGUAACCGGGGCUCCAUAUGGGCGCGUGCCAUCGGCAAUGAGCUAUCAUUAAGCGAGGAAACCUUCACAAUGGCCCUCCAAAGAGCAAAGGAUCUUCGGGGCAAGAAAGACGCCGAGAAUGAGAUCAACAAGCGCUUACAAGAUUGCUUCGAUGCAAUUGACAACGACGUUCCAAAGGCCUUCUCUGAUCUUAACCUCUUCCAAGAAGGCGGCCCGCUCCAUGACACCCUCGUCGAUGUUCUACAGGCAUAUUGCAUGUAUCGCAGCGACGUGGGCUACAUUCAUGGUCUCCACACCAUCGCCGCCCUCCUCGUACUCCAAUUCCCAACCCCAUCCUCCGCCUUCCUCGCUAUGGCAAACGCUCUCAACCGCCCUCUACCAGUUGCUUUCCUGACCUGGGACCGUGGAGCCAUGGCCCGAUCUUAUACAUUGGCUUCCGAUACCUUGCGCUACAAGUUCCCGCGACUGUACACCCAUCUCACCCAGACUUUCAACCUCUCCGACGAAGAACUAUGGGAGCCUAUCUUCCGCUCUCUCCUGACAAACGGCCUCGAUCUCGAGCGCCUCUCCCGCGUUUGGGAUUGCUGGGUUUUCGAAGGUGAUCGCAUCAUGAUCCGUUCAGCCGUUGCAAUUCUCGGCUGUCUACAAACUCAGCUAUUCUCUUUCCAACAGGGAGACGAACAGACCCGCCUAGUCGUACGAGACAUCCUCGGCUGGGGACCCCGGCACGUCGGCGCCAACACCCAAAAGCCGAAAGAUCGCCACAGCGCUCCUGCAGCUGCAGGUUUCGGAGGUGGUUCAAUCGAAAACCCCGGCGUAGCCGAUUAUUGGGUUCUCACUGCGUCCGGAAACGAAGAUGGGUUCAUGAAAGCUGUCCGCGAAGCUGGAAAGGUCCGUCAGCAACGAGAAUGA